UCAUGCUGCUGCCAGGUCCAGAGUCUCUCAUGGGUCCCUGUACGGCCUCCCAUUGCUGCUGUCUCCAUCGCCACACUCUGCCAUGUGCCACUUUCAGGUCUCUUCACACUGCUGGUGUGUUAAAUUUUUUUGACAUAGGGUGCAGGCAGAUUACGGGCCUCACAUAGCUGCUGCCAGGCCCCUAAUCUGCCAUGGGCCCUAUAUACCGCCUCCUCAUGCUGCUGCCAAGUCUAGAGUCUCUCAUGGGUCCCUGUACGGCCUCCCAUUGCUGCUGUCUCCAUCGCCACACUCUGCUGCCAUGUGCCACUUUCAGGUCUCUUCACACUGCUGGUGUGUUAAAUUUUUUGAC